UUGUUGUGCGCGAAGUCAAGAGCUGGGGAAAAUAGUGAGAUGAGGUUUGACCCUAUGCCGGGAAGGGUCCCCGUGAUUAAACCGACGGAAUAAGAGCCGCCGCCACCGUCACACCGACGGUAGAAUGAACUCUUGAACCGGUCCUUUGGAAUCCGGAAAAGAAGACCACAAGGGGAACUCGGGACGGAAGACGACAUGUCACGUGUCGAAGCUUGCAUUGUGCGAACGGCGAUUAUCGCGGCCACUCUCAUCUGGGCCUACUCUAUGGGCAGCGAAUUUCCAGAGAGGGAAUGCUGCGAUCCAGUUUACCCGAUACCCGAACCAACCAGCAGGGCACCGUCGGCCCCAACACCGACCGGAAGAAGCGGACCGAACAUUAAGACGGCUAUGGCGAUUUUGAACUGCCUCCUGGCGCGUCAGCUGUGCUUCGAGGAUCCAUCCUGCAGCGCCAUUUUGGAAAUCAUACCGAGGGUCUGCGGUCCGGAAUUGGUUGCUUGUUCGACGGUGACUGUCCCGAAGUGUCAAGCGGCUCUGGUGACCCUGCAAGCCUUUCCAUUCUUCAAGCCAACAUGCCUGUGUCGAGAGCCACACGUCGAUCCGGAAUGCAACAGCUUCCGGGACUUCCUGUUCGAUCAUCCGUGCGUUUACGUCCUUAAAAAAGAUCCGCUUCCGGUGGAGCCACUUCCGACAUGCAACCACGCGUUGAGCGUCUGUCAGCGAGGCAAGUCCUGCGUCAAGCUCUUCGACAACUUCAAGACCAACUGCAAAGCCAGGGAUGGUAAAUGCAGAAUGGAAAGUAGGGAAACCUGUCAUGAUGCCUGGACACAUCUGCGGCUAUCUCCGAUGUUUGGAUGUAUCUGUCCGAACAAUCACAUGAAACGUAGAUGCGACAAGAUCUUCUCGAUAGUGAACCACAACCCGUGCGUCGAGUUUCUGCCUUCCGCGACCAUUGACUUAUCGGGGACCGACUCCGCGCUCUAUCCGUUCGACCCCCACCAGGAGAACUUUCAAGAGUUCUGGUUCCCCCCGACCAGUAUGUACCCAUAUUUUCUCUUCCCCGCCACCGCAACCACGCGAACAUUCAAUGAGAUCGAGGCCCGGUACCGCUACCACGAGGUGCCGCCGCCCGAGGCUCCUGAGGUCCCUAAGCAGCGUCACGGGAACCUAGGCCAUCACGCGCCUGGUACGAUCCUUGACCACCAACAACACCACAACAACCAUGGUCUCGAUCUCGACCCAGAUCCUGGCCCCCGUCCCAAUCCAGAUCCCGAACAUCCUCGACGCCAACCCGCCUUCGACGAGCACGAUUCUGACGAUCUAACCGCCACCGGGGGACGAACACCAUUCUCUGAGCAUGAAUACGCUUCGAGCACCGUCACCAUCUCUGAGCAUCAACAAAAGCACCUUUCCAAAGACCGGCAUGAACAGAAUCGCGAUCGCAAUGUCUAUUCGCACGAAAACAAUCGGCACAGCCUAGCACCGUCGUCGCCAAACUCCCCUUCCACGUCAGGCGACUCAUCCUCCUCUUUUUCCUCUAAUCACUCGAAUUCCGAGACACAACACCGUCAUCGCAACCCUAACCAGCACCAGCACCAUAAUGACCGCAAUAGCCACGCACCAUCACCGGCACCGGCACCCGCACCAGCACCGGGUCACCAACACCACCAGCACCACCAUCAUCAUCAUCACGAUCACGACCAGCACUACCAUGGAAAGAAAUUUGCACCCAGACCGACUUACGAGCAUCGAAGUGUCGUUGACGAGAUGAUCGACCUUGACGACAACGAGCUACGGCUCGGCGGCAGACAGCCCAUUGACCGACUAUUCGGUCUCAGCGAAGCCUUCGACGGGUUCGUCGACAAAGUGAAGGUCAUUUCGCAUCCCGACAACUCAACGAGCUUUGAGCUAAUUGAAUCUCAGCUGGAGAAUCCUCUUAUCGAUGCUGAUCAUCGCGACCUCCAUGCUCUCAAGCAGAUACCGAUACCAGAUGUGCCCAGGCGGAAGAUUCAUCACGGGAAAAAUCAUUCCAAAAGCGAACAAAACACGAAAGGAGGUAAACCAGCGGUCGCACUGUCGUCAGGAUCUAAGGCUAAAGGUCAUCGGAUCGUGCAUCGGCCUGCAGCGGCGGUAACCUUGUCUAGCACCUGCCACCAGGCCUACGCCUCUUGCGGCAAUGACCCAGACUGUAAGACGGCGUUGCAGCCAGUCUUGAACCACUGCGACCUCGGAAGCUGUGCUAGGAACGCCUGCAUGGAUGCUCUUCAACAAUUUUAUCGGACAGCGACCGAGGCGCACACCAUGGAGAUCGCAUUUUGUUUGUGCAGGAAAACCAACAACAAACGGGACGACUGCAUCAUUGCUCAAGAAAAAAUGCACCCUGCAUGCGCCCAGCGAGUCGAGGGGUUGGAAAUGCCCGCCUGUCACAGCCUCGCCGAAGUCUGCAGAGAAGACAAAGCUUGCAGGAAGAGGCUCGAGUACUACGAACAGAGCUGUGCGGUCGACAGUGUAACGAAAAAAUGCGCCGGGGUAACGAAAGAGUGUCGUCGAGCAAUGAUCGGAAUCCUAGGCACGGAACUGCGCUCAAACUGUGCUUGCAAAGGCACAGACCUAGCCCAAGUCUACGACUGCCUUGGCUGGCAGCGGCUGCUCUGGGUUAAUCCUUGCGUGGUGGAGUCACAGAAGGACUUUCACGCGCGAAGAAAAACCCAUCGUCAACGUACAACAACGGUUCUAACCCUAACAACCGAAGUCGAGGAGAAUUCGACCGAUCUGGCUGAGCCGCGUGCGGUCGAGCCGAUUUCGAAGGUCACACAGGCUGCAGACUCUUGGGACUCGACCACUACCGUCUCCACGACGUUUACUGCCACCACCACUACAACCACUACCACGACCAUACCCCCAAGAUUCUGCAUUGUGCAAAGGCCCAGGCAGACGCAUCAGUACAUCAGGGAGGGCCGAGGGAAGAGGCUCUACAGAGAGGACGAACCCGAGUGUUCGGAACUUUGCCAGUGCAGCGAGGGCGAGGUGCUUAUCUGCAACACCAUCUGCGUCGAGUCUUCACCUUGUAAAACCGACUUUGCAUUCUACAACCACGCUGCCCCUGCUUACCAGGCGUAUCGCGGUCGCUGUCUCUGCUAUAGUGGUCGGUUCAUCUGCAUGCGGCCAUUUCCAGACGCAUACAGCAUCCCCCACGGCAUCUUCAUGUUUCUCGGGUAUAGCGAAGCUGACGAAAAUCUCCUCAAGCAGCACAGCAAUCUCACAGUUCUAGACGCCGUUUCAUCGCUGGACAGCUUCAUGCGACAAGAGGUCGACAACCAGACUGUCUGCACGCUGCUUCUGUACAACGUGACUAAAGAGAAUGUCAUCGCUGUUGCCCGACUAAAGUCAGACACAAGCCUUACCGGUAACACGAGUCGCCAAUCUCGAAGCCAGUCCGAGCUUCAAACCCAGGUACAAACAUUGCAGCAGUUGAAACGGGUAAAGGAUGAGUGCGCAGAAAUGCUUCGCGAUUUGAGCGAAAAGAUCAACAACAAACAUCACGAGGUCUACACGCAUCCGCUUUUAUCAAUAUUCAAAAUGGCGGAAGUCGAAGUGAGGCUUCCACAAACGAACACAGGCAGUCCGUCGCGAUCCGUGAAAAAUCCGCUUCAGCGGUUAUUUUUGACGUUACUCCUCGUCGCAACGAGUUACCUCGUGACUAGAAGGCCCGGCAUCUGCGUUCCAACUGUAACGCCAUCAGCGUUGAUCGUCAAAACGAUGCGCCAAAGCUCGUGACAGAGCAUAAGUCACGAUAUUGUACAAGUAUUACCACCACAACAAAGACUCACGUAGUGAGCAAGGGUGUAUAAUAGCGUUGAGCUAGGUAGGAACAACGUUCGCUUCAUUCUUCGGUUGUGUACGCUACGGUUUCGUCGUUCUGUAUACACAUCGCGUGCGCAAAUCGCAACGAAUAACGACUGCAGAAUUUUGGCGAGACUAUCGUUUUGUUUGCUCGUUAUUUUCUUCCAACAAAUUUAUAUCGUAAAUGCAUUUUGGUCGAAUAAAAUUCGACGCUAAUCGGUGAUAGUCGUAGUAAGAAUCUGUCUAUUAUAGUCUCGCCCACGAUGAUUACGUAGAGAACGAUGCAAAACAACAGCGUUACAGUGCACACAUAUACAUAUAAGAUUUAUAUACAUAUAUGUGUGUAUAAUAUAUAUUAUAUACUACAUAUAUUAAUUAUGGCUAAUGAAAUAAGUCCUCGCUCAUACUUAAGAUUAUCAUUAUCUACCUUUUAAGAACUCAUUAUUAUAGUUAUGUGGGGUUGAAGGGAUGAUUGAAGCCCGAGCGAAAUGGAAAGCUUGCCUCCUCCAAGCAAACCAUAUUGGGUUCCAGUGGAUUAUUCACACCUCGCGCGUUAUUUUAGCACAAAUUUAAUCAGGGUUGAUUUAUUUUUUUACGUUUACCCAUACCUACUCCGAAAGUGUAGUUAUAUGUAUCGUACAUCGAAUGAAAAAGUCGCGAAAUUGCCGAAAGAAAGAUAGCCAUGAAUUAACUCUGCCGGUACAGAAGGGGUGGUAGACUAUCGGAAAAAGAGGACAAAGAAAGAGAAACUGCCGCCCCUUUCAAUACUCUCUUCGACCCUGUUAAGCUCUUUACAAUUAGCUCAAUACACGGUUGAACGAAUUCCGUGAGAUCCUUGCUUCGGUUCAAGAUUUUCAAGCUUUCACCGUGGGGUCGGAUUGUCUCUAAAAAUAUCUGACGGAACCAAGGAACAUCGAGUAUUCAAUGCGAAUUUCACCAUCUAUUGAAUACUGAUGGAUCAAAAACAAAAAAAAAACAAAAGAGACAAACAAGUAUAUAUACCAGUCAAUCCAGCAAGCACAAAUAGGAAUAGUGCUACUCGAUGUUUGAGGUUACACUAAGCUCAAAAUCGUCACUAAAGCUUUUCAAUUAUGAUUUUUAACUUCGGUUCAAACUUUUACAAAUUUUUUUAAAGAGCCUCGUGAUUUAGGCGCUGGCGCCAUUUAGAGGUAACAAGAGAUUAGAAAUUUAGUGUGCGAUUGUAAGAUAUGUUACUGAAAAUACCGUAAAAUAUUGACGACUAAUUCUCUUCUUUCGAGUACGGUUAUCGCUCUAAACGAUCUCAAGAAAUAGAUUCGAGUACUCAAUUUCCGACUGCAUUGCACUCAUGUGCCUAUGUAAAUAAAAUUUUGAAAAAAAUAACUGAAAAUUAUUUAUUGAUAUGCCAGGAAUUAGUGAACGUUGAAGUCAGCCUGGUCUUGAAUUCACUCUGGCAAUGUUAUUCCGACCUGCUAUACUAUCACCUGUAAUAUGUAAGCCUCCGAAGUUCCCCACUCAACAACGCGGUAGACAAUGUAGACAAAAACAAUAACUAAAAUAGAAUUCUAUACAUAUACAUGUAGGUAAAAAUUAAAAAUUGAACAAGAAUAUAUAUGUAUAUACAUCGUCUAGACAUGAGUAAUAAAUAGAUCUCCGUAUGAAAAUAGAUGUGUAAAUAUAUAAUGCAUUGUAAUUACGAGGAGACAAUUAAUCAUUGGAAGUCAAAUGUGGCUAUUGGGGAAAUUUAUUUUCGUUCGUAGUGGCGUCUCGUAUAUAAAUGUUAUAUAGUAUUCGGAGCUUUACGUAAUCUUGAGUACAAUUACUUAUUAUAUCUAGGAAAUACGAAUAUUUCUACCAUUCAUUUGACUUUCAAUGGAUUAAAUGAUAUACAUACAUACAUACAUAUAUUACAUAUGUAUAGUACAUAAUGUGAAAAAGGCUAUACAGUACUUUAUAAAAGUACCACAAAUAAUAUAUUGUUUGUAUAUGGGAAAAAGAAUUCUAUUUAAAGAAUACUUGUAAUAGAAUAAAAAUUGUUAAUCUAUAAUUAACGUAAUUAUAAUAUAUCUACUUAUUGUACUUAUAGCCGAACGAACUGAAAACGAGAUAGUGUAACACCUCGCACGCCGUUGAUCAUCGAUACUUGAACUGAUGCCUGACCUGGAACUAUUAUUCAAGUAUCGAAGAUCCAUCGAGAGCUUAUAAUAUAACGAUCGAUAAUUAUGUGAAAUAAUGAGUGCGUGCAAAGCGCGGCCAGGACUCCGCGCAACAAAGCAAUAAUGUAUAAAGAGAAAAAUGAGAGCGAGAGAGAAAAGUAUAGAAAAGAGCGAAAACUAUACGUCUGAAAGCGUGGGAGUAAGAGGGGAAAAUUUUGACUGAAAAGAGAUGACAAAAAGAAAAAAAAACUUGAUUUAAGAUUUAAGUUUAUCUUAUACUAAAUCACGUACCUAACGUUCUAAGUUUAAAGCCACUCCAUUCUACGAAUAACAAUGUCAGACACAAGAAACGUUGCACUGUGUCACCACUGUACAAGUGAUCGUGUUUGAUGGAAAUCAAAAUGAACCCGCAAUUUCAUACUACUAUACAUAUCGUCGGGCUUCACACAUAUCAGAUUUGAGAUUUGAAUUUGCCUGUACCGGUAUUUGGAGCGAAUUUAUUUUGCAAGUAAUUUAUUGCUCGCUUUUUGAACUACGUACCUAUACCGUUAUAACUUUCCAUCACGCCGCGGCCAAGGGCAGCCGAAUAGCUGUUUGAGCAUUUAGGCUUAUUUGUUCGACCCACGAAGUCGCAAGAAAAUACGAUAAAGAUGGUUUCAAUAAAGCUAAGAGCCACAGGGCCCAAUUAUGCUCCUUUCAAUGUGUGGACUAUAGUUCAUUUCCGAAUGUUUACGAAUUUGCAAAUAGUUGCCUUACGUACUUGUUAUUUCUCAACUCCUUAUUUUUGUGAAAAAAAAUUAAUCAAAAUUCGUUACGAGGUUUUAUUUCAAACCUUAUAUGAUUUCUGAUGUCGGGAUCCCGCCGGCACCUUCUAAAUCAGUUGAUACCCAAGGGGCGCUGGCGAUAAAUUAGAAAUGAGCUUUAAUUUCCCCCGCGCUGUUUGAACAUAUCAAGACCCGGCAUGGCCGGGUCAGCCAAUAUUUUUAUUACCAUGUACUAUACUUGUUCGCCGGUUGAGAGUCUGCAUACGCAUACGUCCGUAUAACUACGGGUCAAAAAGAUAACUGGAAAAGAGUUAGGAGAAACGAGCCAUAGCCAAGCGACGUAUUGCGACACGGCAACCGGCAAGAGUCAAAAAUCGAUCGUUCUCGGUACUUUACGAUGCCUCACGUGUACUUCCAUAUUAAAAUACAUAUAUAAGUAUGUACGUGUAUAUUCUACAUACACAUAUAUACAUGUAUUAUGUACGCGUUUAUAUUGUACAUAAAAAAUACAUGUAUACUGUAUACCCUACUGUACAGAGAUGAACGCACUUACCGAUCGAGGUUGCAGCUAAAUCCAUAGAAUUUAUCUCGUUGACCGUCGGUCACUCUAUUUUAUCAACACAUGGUACACCUACUCGUACGGUCAGAUCAAUCUCCGCGAAAUCUGUAUUGUCGACCGUCGGUAGGGUGUUCUAAAUGAUAAUAAAAUAAUGUACACUGUGAACCGAAUAGAUUUUUUUUUCUCCGUAACGCGAUCCAAUUCUUCAUUCAAAUAGAAGCAGGUAGGG